AUGGCCUCGGCAGCGCAGAUUAUCAAGACCAUCGAGCCACUCCAUGUCGGCCAGUUCAUGUUUGUACGCAUUGUGACCGAUCGAGGGAUUACAGGAUACGGCGAGGCUGGGAUCUGGGGCCACAUAACCACCGCAGCAACAGCUAUCACCAGAUUUGCCGAAUACUUGAUUGGGAAGAAUGCGUUCGAUAUUGAACAUCAUUGGAACGUGAUGCAUCGAUUCAGCUAUUUCCAAGGCCUUGCCAUUAAUGCUGCUAUAUCUGCCAUCGACAUAGCGCUAUGGGAUAUCAAGGGAAAAAGCCUUGGUGUGCCAAUUUAUGAGUUGCUUGGGGGAGCUUGCCGCACGAAAGCUCGAGUUUAUGGACAUAUCUAUGAGAACACGAUCGAAAAGGUGCUCGCUGAAUGCAAAAGGAAGAAGGAUCUUGGUUACACUGCCUUUGGCCAUAUCAAUCCUUUCCUUGACGUGAGAACCGAUAAGGCAUACUUCAAAACACACGUCAGGAAGAUGCGGGAGGCAGAGGAUAACGUUCGACGCAUGCGUGAAGUGGUGGGCGAUGAAGUCGAUCUCCUCAUCGAGCUCCACCGUCGUUUGACACCCGCAGAGGCUGUGACAUUCUGCAACAACAUCAAGGAUAUGUGUCCCAUGUUUGUGGAAGAUCCUAUCAGACCUGAGAGUGCCGACGCCAUGGCGCGGGUCGCUGAUCGCCUAGCUGUGCCGAUUGCAACUGGUGAACGGUUCUGUACCAUCUACGAGUUCCAGGCACUCCUUUCGAGGAAUGCUAUAGAGUUUGUCCGUGUCGACGUUGCAGUCUGCGGAGGUAUUACAGGAGCGAAGAAGGUAGCUGCACUUGCAGAGGCGCACAACGUUCAGGUCGUGCCUCACAACCCUCUUUCGCCAAUCGGAUUGGCCGCCUGCCUGCAGGUGGCUGCAUCGAUUCCUAACUUCGCCAUCCAGGAAUAUGCAACAGGUUUCGAGGCAGGUGUAUUCGAAUCUACCUUGGAACAUCUAGGCAGUAAUAUUGUUGAUUAUUGCCCGAAGGUUGUCGAUGGACUUGUGGACAUCCCUACGGGGCUGGGGCUUGGCGUCAAUCUACUCGAGAACGCGCAACAGAUCCGCGCACCACUCGUACAGCCGAUCAAGAUGAGACCGCACAAAGAUGGAUUCAUUGUGGAUCAGUAG